AACUCAAGGAAACUUCGUAACAGUUGGAUUUAGCCAGGGGGCUGCCAGUUUGAGGCUCUUCUCUUGGGGACUGAGGUAUUGGCCUACAACUCAGAUGAGAAGUAUCAGGAGAGGCUGAUGCACUACCAGGAGAGACAAGAGACGUUUCCUGGAGUGCAUACAGGAUCUUGGUAUUUAGUUCAGGCUGAUCUUGAACUCGCUAUGUAACCCACGCAGGCCUCAAGAUCACAGUGAUUCUCCUUCCUCAGCCUCCCACUUGCUGGGAUUACAGGUACAAGACGGUGUAAUGAAGGAUGAGUCUGUCCUGCAUCUUUGAACUUCCCAAGGCCCCUACUUAGAAGCAGCCAUCAUUCGGGCUCCAGAGCAAAUUUACCUAGUUACUGCUGCACCUUCUGGUCUCACACUUUUCCUGCUGCACCGCAUCCUCAACUCUUGCCUGGCUUCUCUGGCAGCGCACAAACAGGGCGUGGCAGCUGCGGAUAAAGACUCAGGCCUGGCAGCUGUUUUCUCGCUUUCUCCCAGAACCUCCUCCGGCACUCAGCCACAGGGCACUGCUCGGACAUGCAAGAGGUGGCCCUGAGCCUGCUGGGCCUCCUGGCCGGCCUGCCUGCCCUGGAUGCCAACGACCCAGAAGAUAAGAACAGUCCUUUCUACUAUGACUGGCACAGGCUCCGGGUCGGCGGGCUCAUUUGUGCUGCGAUCCUGUGUGCCCUGGGAUUCAUUGUUCUCCUGAGUGGAAAGUGCAAAUGCAAGUUCAGCCAGAAGCCCAGUCACCAUGGACCAGACGCCCCACCUCUCAUCACUCCAGGCUCUGCUCACAACUGCUGAGGACCAUCCAGGCAGAGAAGCAUCGAGGGCUUUUUCUAAUCUCAUGUCCCGGCCCCAAGAUGGCGCCCCCUCCGCUCCCCAGGUGCCUUACUAGGGCUGCGUCUUACCUCUCAUGGAAGAGGACUCUGUG